UCCACAGCUCGACGGGUAACCAAAGACGACUGCCAAGAUAUCAAGACAACCACAAUAAAUUAAUAAUUUCUUCCCAAGAUAUCAAGACAGAAACCUCAAAACAGUUUCAAAAGCUCACCCAUAUUAGCAAAGAUCAUUGAAAUUCAAUCAUGGAAGCUGCAAAAUGUUUUCCUCUUUUCUUCAUUCUAAUGAUCAUCCAUUUUGCAGUUUCUGCUUCUAUGGACACCAUAGCCAUAAAUCAAACCAUUGAAGAUGGUGGCUUUCUUAUCUCCAAAGAAAACAAUUUUGUGCUUGGAUUUUUCAGCCCUGGCAAUCCCAAGUAUAGGUAUCUUGGAAUCUGGUAUUACAAAGUACGAGAGCAAACUGUAGUGUGGGUAGCAAACAGAAAUCAUCCUAUCAAUGGAUCUUCGGGAGUUCUUUCAGUUAAUCAAUAUGGAAAUCUCGUUCUCUAUAGCAAUCAUAGCAGAAAAGUUCCAGUAUGGUCUGCAAAUGUCUCACGUGAAGUAACAAAGACAGACUCUUGUUGUGUAGCUCAGCUCUUGGAUUCAGGAAACUUGAUUUUGGUCCAAGAAAGAAGUGGAAGAUUUCUAUGGGAAAGCUUUGAUUAUCCGACAGAUACUUAUUUACCAGGAAUGAAAUUUGGGUUGAAUAGAGAGACAGUUAUUCACCGAUUCUUUACAUCAUGGAGAUCAGCAGAUGACCCUGGAACUGGAGACUAUGUGCUUGAGCUCAAUCUAAAAGGAUCACCUCAAGGCAUUUUGUACAAGGGUACAAAGCGAUAUUGGAGAGUUGUCCCAUGGCCAAGGACAAAUUAUGUCUUGGAGACUACCCCUGGCAAUCCCAAGUAUAGGUAUCUUGGAAUCUGGUAUUACAAAGUACGAGAGCAAACUGCAGUGUGGGUAGCAAACAGAAAUCAUCCUAUCAAUGGAUCUUCGGGAGUUCUUUCAGUUAACCAAUAUGGAAAUCUCGUUCUCUAUAGCAAUCAUAGCCAAAAAGUUCCAGUGUGGUCUGCAAAUGUCACACGGGAAGUAACAAAGACAGACACUUGUUGUUUAGCUCAGCUCCUGGAUUCAGGAAACUUGAUUUUGGUCCAAGAAAGAAGUGGAAGAGUUCUAUGGGAAAGCUUUGAUUAUCCGACAGAUACUCAAUUACCAGGAAUGAAACUUGGGUUGAAUAGAGAGACAGGUAUUCACCAAUUCUUAACAUCAUGGAGAUCAGCAGAUGACCCUGGAACUGGAGACUACGUGCUUGACAUCAAUCUAAAAGGAUCACCUCAAGGCAUUUUGUACAAGGGUACAAAGCGAUAUUGGAGAAUUGUCCCAUGGCCAGGGAAAAAUUAUGUAUUACACAACAUUAGUUUUGUCCACAACCAAAAAGAGACAUUCGUUACCUUUUUUCCUGUUGAUGCUUCUCUUAUAUUAAGAACAAGGUUGGAAUAUUCAGGAUUGGUUUUGAACCUAAUCUGGCAUGAAAGUGAAGGCAAGUGGAAGGAAUUACGGUCAGCACCGAAGAAUCUGUGUGAGUUUUAUGGUCAUUGUGGUCCCUAUGGCAUGUGUAAUCCUUUGUAUCUUUAUCCUAAAUUUGAAUGUGAUUGUUUACCCGGGUACGAGCCUCAAUCUCCAAGGGACUGGAAUUUUUUGAAGGAUGGGUCAGGUGGGUGUGUUCGGAAGCGGAAAGAAUCAUCUUCUCUGUGCAACCAGGGAGAAGGAUUUGUGAAAGUAACAGCUGUUAAGGUUCCUGAUGCUUCAGAAGCAGUUUGGUUGGGCUUGAAUAUGAGUCCUGUUGAUUGUGAACUACAAUGCAAGAGGAAUUGUACAUGUUCUGCAUAUUCAUCCACAUCUCUUUCUGGGAAAGAAACUGGUUGCUUGGCUUGGUAUGGUGAAUUAAUGGACACUGUAAUUGAUAUAGCUGAAGGAAGUGAUAUAUAUGUUCGUGUUGACGCACUUGAAUUAGCUGAAAUAACACAAAAAUCAAAUGGAUUUCUGGAGAAGAAGCAUUUGUUGGCUAUUUUGUUGGUAUCUAUUUUUUCAGCUUGGUUUGUAAUCAUUUUAUUUGCAUAUUUGUGGUUCAAGAAGAAAAGAAAAACAGUGAGGAACAAAUGGAAUGCAAAAUUGUUUAAUACAAUCAAUGAUCCAUACUACAUUGAAAAUGGGGAUGGAGGUGGAAUGAGUUAUCCAGAGAUUGUGUAUUUCAAUCUCAGUACAAUACUUUCCGCGACUGACAAUUUCUCUCUAGCUAAUAAACUCGGGCAAGGUGGCUUUGGAUUGGUUUAUAAGGGUCAACUGUCUAACGGCCAGGAGAUCGCUGUGAAAAGACUAUCUAAAAGUUCAGGUCAAGGAAUAGAAGAAUUUGAAAAUGAAGUUUUAUUAAUUGCAAAACUUCAACAUCAAAAUCUUGUGAAACUUCUUGGAUGCUGCAUUCAGGGAGAGGAACCGAUGCUAGUUUAUGAAUACAUGCCAAAUAAAAGUUUGGACUCAUUUCUUUUUGAUGAAACAAGAAGGUCAAUUUUGGAUUGGAGAAAACGCUUUGACAUUAUUGUCGGGAUUGCUCGUGGAAUCUUAUAUAUCCACCAAGAUUCUAGGUUGAGAAUUAUCCAUAGAGACUUAAAAACAAGCAACAUUCUAUUGGAUAAAGAAAUGAAUCCAAAAAUUUCAGAUUUUGGCCUAGCUAGAGUCUUCAAAGGUGACCAAAGUCUAGAAAAAACGAACAAAAUCGCUGGCACAUUUGGGUACAUGUCACCAGAAUAUGUGGCAUUUGGAAAGUUUUCAACGAAAUCUGAUGUCUUUAGUUUUGGGGUCAUAUUAUUAGAGAUUGUUACAGGGAAAAAGAACAAUAGCUUUUGUCAAGAGGAUUCUUACCUAAGCAUGGCAGGAAAAAUAUGGCAUUUAUGGAAAGAAGAAAGAGCACUGGAGAUGGUUGAUUCAUCACUAAAGGAGUCAUGUUCUGCUCAUGAAGUAUUAAGAUGCAUCCAAAUUGGACUCUUGUGUGUGCAAGAAGAUGCAUUUGAAAGACCAAGCAUGUCAGCUGUUGUUGUAAUGUUGAACAGUGAAAUUAGUCUUCCUUCUCCUAGACAGCCCCCUUUCACUUUUAGAAAUCCAAGUAAUAGUUAUAGCCCCUUAGUAACACAAAAGGAAUUUUAUUCUGUGGAUGAGGAAACUAUUACUCAGGUAUAUGCAAAACCUCAGGUUUUGGAUUCAGGAAACUUGGUUUUAAUCCAAGAUAGAAGUGAAAGAACUACAUGA